CUUAUGUACCUCUCUCUUUGUCAAAUUCUUAUAGAAAAAGGAAGAAGAAGAAGAUCAAAUAACAGUCCUCUCUGUCGGUUCGUAGGAUUUUGACCCGGAUCCGACCUCGCCGUACGGCGUCGUCGUUGGACCCGGAAGCCGAAUCAGAACACAAACCCAGUUUUGUCUUUUCUCUCUCUCGGCUGGGUGUCGUGAGAGAGGGAGAGUGACACACAGAAAAUUCUACGAUUUUGUAGUGAAAUAGUCAGAUGGGCGCUUGUGCUUCAACACCAAUGCACGGCAUUAAGGUAAGGAGGCGGCGGAGGUACCGGGUCUCCAAAUGGCACCGGAAAGUUUCAAACGCUGUUUUUGAUGGCACCAAGAAAAAAGGUCGUGAUUCAGGACCUUGUGUAGCAGAUUUUGCUGUUAGUCAAUAUGUGCAUAAGGAUUUCGAAAAUGGUUUAACCGCCACUGGCAAAAGAUCUGAGCUUCCCAAUACAACAAUCCAUCUAAGGCAGUUGCAAUGGUGCCUCAGUAGAGAACUUGAUGCAAACGUAAUUUGCCAAGAGGAUGCUUGGUUCGACUCAGUUAGUAUUCUGGAGUCUGACUCAGACGAUGAGUACAUUAGUGUGUAUGGAGAUGGUUUUCCAAUUGUGGGCAAUACAAUUGGGACCAUCUCAGGUGGCCAAAUGGUUCAGUAUGAAAGUUCUGCAUGCAUUAUGGACGACAAGGGUCAAUAUGAAGAGUUCCAUGAGAGUUAUGUAGAAAUGGAUACAGGCAAAGCAGAAAAAUGUUUGAGCAAAGAUGAAUCAAGCAAGUUUACAUGUAUUAGUGCCCAAGGUUACGACCUUUCACGCUUGGGGAAGACGGACGAGAUUUUCAGCAAGAGGAAGAAAGUCUUAGAUCAGUCUUACGGAAGCUUUAAAGGUCUAAUAGAUAAUAGACGUGACUCUGAAGGGAACAACAUGAAAUCAAGCUUGGCUCGGAUGGUUCCUUCUGUAAGUUUCAAUGACAAGAAUUUUAGUUCAACGGUUUCAGGUCCACAGCCUCAAAGAAAGAAAUCAGCAGUUUUCAGGCUUUCAUUUAAGAGGAGAUCAUGUGAUGGAGAAGAGACUACUGAAUUAUGUGCUUCAAAAAGAUUCGUGUAUCGACCCAAAGCUGGAUUCAUAAUUCCACGUUGCACAGAUGAGAAGCCAACUCCAGGGUGUUGGUCCGAAAUCCCACCAUCGACUUUUAAACUCCGUGGCGAGUCAUAUUUCAAAGAUAAGCGAAAGUCUCCAGCCCCAGAUCACAGUCCGUACAUACCAAUAGGUGUUGACCUAUUUGUCUGCCCAAGAAAGUUUAACCACAUUGCCCAGCAUCUUGAGCUUCCAAAUGUGAAAGCAGAUGGGAAAGUCCCUCCACUUUUGAUAGUAAAUAUUCAGUUGCCUACAUAUCCCGCUGCAAUGUUCCUUGGAGAUAGCGAUGGUGAAGGGAUAAGCCUUGUUCUAUAUUUCAAACUUUCUGAGAAUUUUGAGAAAGAUAUCUCCCUCCAGUAUCAAGAGAGCAUCAAGAAAUUGGUGGAGGAUGAAAUGGAAAGAGUUAAAGGGUUUCCAAAAGACUCCUUUGUUCCUUUCAGAGAAAGAUUAAAGAUUUUGGCCGGAUUGGUUAAUCCAGAGGAUCUCAACUUGAGCUCCACAGAAAGGAAACUCGUCAAUGCUUAUAAUGAAAAACCGGUCCUUUCUCGCCCUCAGCACAAUUUUUACAAGGGUCCAAAUUACUUCGAGAUUGAUCUUGACAUUCAUCGCUUCAGCUACAUUUCAAGAAAGGGACUUGAUUCAUUUCGAGAUCGUUUGAAAUCCGGAGUACUUGACAUGGGUUUAACUAUCCAGGCACACAAGCCAGAGGAGCUGCCGGAGCAAGUCCUGUGCUGUUUGAGACUUAACAAGGUUGAGUUUGUAGAUCAUGGCCAAAUUCCCACUUUAAUGACCAUUGAUGAAGAUUGAUAAAAUGCAGAGAAGAGAAUCCCACCAAUUCCACGCAAUUUAAAGCUUUUGUACAUGAGAAAGGGGAAGAUUCACCACUUUGUUCCAAAUAAUUAACCUAGAGUAACUUGAGAUGUUCUUUAAUUCUUCAGCUAAAGCAGUAAAAUGUAUGCUUUUAUAGCUUUGUAUUUAUCCAGUGGCUACGAACCAAACCAAAACGAGCUCAAACACCCUUGACAUGAGUUUGACCCAAAUGAAAAAAGAAGCGGCUCGAGUUUGGUUCAAAUUUGUCAAGUUAAAGUUUGGGAUAAUUCGAGUUUAACUCAGUCCCUAAGUUUUAAAUUUAAAGUUUGGUUCGAAUUUAUGGUUCGAGUGUAUGAUUUAUUAACAAAACAAUGUCAUUUUAUUUAAUGAUGAAUAAAAUAAUAUUGUUUUAACAA